AUGGCUCACCAGUGGCAUUGGAAGAUAUUGCCACUUCGUGAUGGAGGUAGCGAGGGUCCGUUACCCCCAAGUGAGUAUUAUAACCUCAAUCAUUGGAAGAGGCUGUUCUACCGCAUUAAAUACCGACCGAGACGGGUGGCCGAUCUAGUCAUGAUAUUCUUUAGCAUCUUCCUAGAGUGGUUGGGGAGCACACUAUUGGCACCCGUCACACCAUGGUACGUAGAAAAGCUAGCACCUGAUAUGAACCAGGGAACUGCAGCGUCCAUCCUGAUGGCAUCCUAUGCUGUCGGCACGUUCUUAGCCUCUCUGCUCACUGGGCCGUUGUCUGACAGGUUGGGUCGGCGUCCUGUAUUCUUAGCGGGAAUGACAAUCUAUACAGUGGCGCAGUUUCUAGUGGCUAAUGCAUGGGACCUCACCACCUUCGCUGUGUUCCGGGCGAUCGGCGGAACUGCUGCUGGAAGCCGUCCCGUAAUCAUCGCCUACCUCAUCGACAGUAGUAGGCCGGUAGACAUGAAGUUGUAUGGUGCCUUUCUUGGCCUAUCGGUGGUCAUAGGACGAAGUAUUGGCCCUAUUAUAGACUUCAUUCCUGCCGCGAUUGUGGGUGCCAUCGGAAUGCUCAUCUCGAUUAUUAUAAUCGUGGUGCCAUUCGUCCACAAUCUGGCAGCAGUCAUAGUUCUCGGUCUCUGCAUGCAAGCUGGAACAUCGUUGUAUUUCGCUGGUCAAGCCUACUACAAUUCUGUUAUUGCCCCUCCAAAGAAGAGAGGUCUUGUCAACUCUUGUGUGAUGGCAUCGGCAAACGUUGGUGGGAUAGUAGGACCGUUGGUCGCCGGUGAUUUGUAUGAUCUUGGUUUGUUCGAUCCGUUUUACUUCAGCAUUUCCCUAUCCGCCACAGGGUUCACAGCAUGCAUCGGCAUUUUCCUUGGGAUGAGAUAUCAGUUGAAUCUCUAUAAAUCGGUGCAGAACGUCUCUCCGAUCACGCCGAAGUCCCCACAGACCCCGCCAAGGCCUGAGGGUGAUAUCGACAUCACCAGUGAUCAUGAAACGGCAGCGUCGCCUUGA